GUGUCUCGUGGAGGUCUCUGUACAACACCUUCAACUCACACAGGGGUGUUAAGAGUGACGUCACGAGCGCCGCCAUCUUUACUUCCUACCUGAUGUGGACGUGAAGACAGCGGCUAAUACGUCUGUCUGGGUGUCAUGCAAUGGGCGCUUUCGUGUGGUGAACUUGAGAGUGCAGCUUCUACAUUGAACAAUUCAUAAAGACAUUAAAACAAUGAUCUUCUCGUUCUGAUAGACUCCCUGUUGUGGUGUGGUGGUACUGCCUUUACUGCAUAAUAUAAACAAAGGCAACCAAAUUGAGAACGAUGGAGAACGACACACUUAGUGAACCAGAGGACACCAUCCCUCUCAACUGCUCUUAUCUGUUGUAUGGUGACCUCUACAACAGGUCAGAUUUCCUCAACGAAUCCAACUGCACUCUGGGGCUGUUCACGGGAGGCAAAAAUGAGAUGAGCAUCGCGGCCAUCGUUAUUACACAGAUGUUCUACGCCAUCACGUGUCUGGUGGGUCUGUGCGGCAACACCCUCGUCAUCUACGUAGUCACCAGGUUCUCCAAGAUGCAGACGGUCACCAAUCUGUACAUUCUCAAUCUUGCCAUCGCUGACGAGCUGUUUGUAGUCGGGAUCCCCUUCUUGAUGACCACCUCCAUGUUGCGUUACUGGCCCUUCGGCUCAAUCAUGUGUAAGUUGUACAUGAUCACGACGUCCCUCAACCAGUUCACCAGUUCACUCUUCCUGACCAUCAUGAGCGCUGACCGGUACAUCGCCGUCUGUCACCCCAUCAGCUCACCGAGGUUCCGGACACCUAUGAUCUCCAAGCUGGUGUCCCUGACGGCCUGGACCUUAUCUGCCCUCAUGAUCGUGCCAGUCUUCAUGUACUCCAACACACUCCAGGACAACGGCUUAGAUAACUGCAAUAUCUUUUGGCCAGAGAGUCAAGGAGUGAGGGGCGAGAUCGCCUUUAUCCGAUAUUCCUUCGCUCUUGCUUUCGGAAUCCCUCUUACUCUCAUCUUUAUCUUCUACAGUUUAGUUCUCCACAAGUUGAAGUCCGUCGGACCCAAGUCAAAGUCUAAAGAGAAGAAGAAGUCACGGCAGAAGGUGACCCGGCUGGUGCUGACGGUGAUCACAGUUUACGUCAUCUGCUGGCUCCCCUACUGGGUGUUGCAGCUCACCCUCAUCCUCAGCACGCCAAAACAGGGGCACAGUAACUUCAUGGUGGUGCUGUUCAUGAUCUCCUCCUGCCUCUCCUACAUUAACUCGGCGCUCAACCCCAUCCUGUACGCCUUCCUCAGUGACAACUUCAAAAAGAGCUUCAUGAAAGCGUGCACCUGCGCCGCCAGGAUGGAGGUCAACAACGCCCUAAGACCUGAGAACUCUAUGUUUCCCCUUCGUCAGCGGGGGACAUCGGCGAAAUCCCGCAUGACCCGACGAGACAGAGAGUCCGGGGAGGGAACUACGUCCCAGUGUGGACUUAGCAAGGAGCCCUCUACAGCCGUCACCACUACCAACGCCAGGCCCAACCUGAGCAAUAACAGCGGUAGCAGUGGCGAUGAGCUCACUGUCAGGAACGGAAGGUCUCCAGGACCCCGGCUCCCGGACCUUAUCCAGUAGGCUGCCUCGACGGCCAUGCUGCUGGGCUGUCAGCAACACACACCUGCUCGGCCAUCCUCGACACAACACAUUGUGCUUAAGGUUUCCUGAACGUCUUAAUCAUUCCUGAGAUAAAUGGGAACCAAAACCACAUCACAACUAUUGGUCACUUAAUGAGUAACAUGUUAUAAUAGGCUGAGUUCUUUCACCUUAUAUCACAAGUGAUGCAAAAAAAUAACAUUAACCUGUGAGUUAUAUUUUGCUGUCAACCUCCACAAUGUUUAGUUAACAACAGACCUGGACUGUUAAUGUGGGUACUGAUGUGGCGUCAAUAAUCUUAUAUGAAGGUCAAGUCAUUAUGACUGUAACGUCCUUUACACGUUACAUCACUGACUUGUAUGUAACGUUCUUCUGAAGCUCCAGUUACGUCACCUACCUGCACGUUACAUAACUUACCCUGGUAGUGAUGUUGGUAAAAUUCACGUAACAUCACACACCUGUGUCUUGCAUCACUCAUUUGCAUGUGAUGUCAUUUACUAAAUGUUGUGUCACUUGAAUGUAAAAUAAUUCACCAACAUCUGUACUCUUACCUGAACCUGACUCACUUACCUUCAGUACUUGGAUAUGGUAUUCCUUACUUGUAGUUGACGUCACAGGUGUUGUUAAAGCGUCCCCCCCCCCCUUCCUCCCCCACCACCUUGGCGACACUUUUUUGCUUUACUUUUGUUUUGUUUUUAUUUUUCAUGUACAUAACAACUGUUGUGAGAUGUGGUAGCUAUACGGAGGCAGCUCACCAAAGUGUACCUCUGGCAGUGUCGACGCUACCGAACGACGUCAUCUUUGUCUCUCACAACAGCUGGUCAAUGUUAACAACACUACUUUUUAGUCAUAAGUCAAUGUGAAAGUGAUUGAUUGAAGAAAUGUCAGUGUCAUUUGAUAUAUAUAUAUAUAUAUAUAUAUAUAUAUAUAUAUAUAUAUAUAUAUAUAUAUAUAUAUAUAUAUAUAUAUAUAUA